AUGAUUGAGCCCAGUGGAACCUCGUGGGGAUACCACGGAGCAGCCACCGGUAAGGGCCGUCAAGUGGCGAAAUCGGAGCUCGAGAAACUGGAUCUCGGUAGUCUGGAUGCCCGUCAAGCCGUUAAAGAAGCUGCCAAAAUCAUUUAUCUGGCUCACGAGGAUUCGAAAGACAAGGAUUUCGAGCUCGAAAUGACCUGGGUCAGCCAGUCAGCCACCGGCGGAAAACACGAGUUCGUGCCCGCCGACCUGCUACAAGAAGCCAAGCAAUACGCUAUAGACGAGCUCUCGGGCGGCGACGACAUGGAAGAGUAG